AUGACCUCAAGGGAUUAUCGCCAGUCAACCCAAAGCAAACUGCGCCCACACUCAAUCAACCCGUCGUUGUCCUCAGAUACCGACAGCAACUCGCCGUCCAAUUCUUCUGACUCUCUCCCUCCGUCGAGACAUGAAGCGGACUCGGGCUGGGCGAUGUGGGUUGGGAAUGUCCCCUCUGAGGCCACGUCUGCAGAGCUCCGCGCCUUCUUUUGCCGCGGCUGCGAUGUUACCAUCGUAUCAAUUCGGACAAUCCCUCACACCAAGUGUGCAUUCAUCAACUUCAGCACCGAAGACCAACGCCAGUCCGCCAUCGCGCGUUUCAAUGGAGUCUCGCUACGAAGAAUGGGGCCUCCUCUUGUGUGUCGCGCGCGUGAUGGGAGUGAACGAGAACACACAGGCGUUUGGGCACAAAGAGGGAAAGGCAUGCACCAGAGAUGGAUCGAAAAGCAUACUGGCGCCAAGCUAAUGAAGGAGAAGACUAGUAGCUCCGAGAGCAUUCAGUCCGAUUCGUCAACAAGUUCGAGCCUGUUGGCAGAGUUCUUCCCUGAGCGGUACUUCAUUCUCAAGUCGUUGAGUCAGGACGAUCUCGAUGCGAGUGUCCAGCGUGGAAUAUGGGCAACACAACCGCACAACGAAGAUACUUUAGACCUCGCAUUCAGAACAGCCAAAAAUGUUUAUCUCAUAUUCAGUGUCAAUCGGAGCAGGGAGUUCUAUGGAUGUGCAAGAAUGGCUGGUCCCAUCGGCGCAGUUGCUAAUGGUGACCGAGUUGAGUGGGCUCCGAGAAGAACCAGCACCCACCAAAACUCCAAUUCGUCCAUCACACAGGAACCAGCCCUUCUCUCAUCACCCACUCCCCAUCGUUCAGUCAGUGUCGGAAGUCUUGGACUCAAAUUUGAGCGGCUGAAUACUAGCGACGAUGCUGCCUCUACAUCCGACGACACUGUGACCCGUCGUAAGACUGUGCCAUCACGAGACUCCUUGCGCUUGCGCGCAAUAGCAAGUGGACCCAUACAAGCACUGGAUCUCCCCUACGAAUCUGGGAGUGUAUGCUCGGAUGAUAUCGUGUCACAGGUAGACUCUGGGCCAGCUUCAGAUCACCAGAAUGACUGGGGUCGCGAGUUUCGGCUCGAGUGGCUCUCCACUAAACGAUUGCCAUUUCGGCGCGUCGAACAUUUGUACAACCCUUGGAAUAACGGAAGAUGCGUUAAGGUCUCGCGCGAUGGAACGGAGCUGGAGCCGGGGCUCUUGAAGUCUCUGGGGGUUGUACUGUCAACGAGUCAUGUUUUGCUAUGUCGUUUAGGGUUUGUGUGGUAUAUGGACAAUGGUCGUUUAUGGACUCGUUACAUCCCGAAACUUGUUGUGCCACGUGAGCUCGAGGACAAAGUGAUGAACAGUAUCAGCCUCACUAUUUAA